AUGGCUUGCUUGAAGAAAGCUCAAAGCAGUGGUUGGGUUUAUCCCACAGCAGUGCUCUGCUUCUAUGGAUUUUUUGCUAAUUUCAAACCAGCAGAACCUUUCCUUACACCUUAUCUUGUUGGGUCAUACAAAAACAUUUCGGAGGAGCAGGUUACAAACAUCCUGUUCCCAAUAUGGACUUACUCAUAUCUGGCACUCCUCCUCCCUGUAUUCCUGGUCACAGACUUUUUGCGGUACAAACCUGUCAUUGUGGUGCAAGGGAUGUCCCUAGUGAUCAAUUAUGUCCUGCUUUGUUUUGCUCAGGGGGUGCCAGCAAUGAAGUACCUCCAGGUCAACAAUGGGAUGGUCACAGCCUCUGAGGUGGCCUACUUUUCUUAUAUCUAUAGUGUGGUGUCUUCAGAUCAAUACCAGAAAGUGACCAGUUAUUUGCGAAGCGCAACUUUGGUUGGGUACACUCUGGGCUCCACACUGGGGCAGCUUUUACUUUCUGUCGGAAAGUUGCCUUAUUUUUAUCUAAAUGCAAUUAACUUAGGUACAGCAUCUGUGGCUUUUUUCUCUUCAUUUCUUCUUCCCAUGCCCAGAAGAGGGAUGUUCUAUAAAAAAGAAUCUGUGGCAGUUUCAAAACAAAAUAGCCACGAUUGUACAAAUGGAACAGCUAACAGCACUACUGGUAUUAAUACCUUGUCAGCAUCACUACCAGACAGCAUUAUGCCAGAAAACAACAAAAAGGGUAAAAGGGUAGAACACAAAACACAUAGCGUUGCCAGUGUCCUUCUCCAAUUGUGGUUUAGUUUUAAAGAGUGUUACUCUUCCAAGAGAUUAAUUUACUGGUCUCUCUGGUGGGCGCUUGCUACUUGUGGAUAUUUCCAGAUCUUCAAUUACACUCAGCUGCUGUGGAACCACAUUGAACCCUCCAUGAAUGCCUCUGUGUAUAAUGGUGGGGUGGAGGCAGUCACAACUCUUGUAGGUGCUAUUGCAUCCUUUUCUGUGGGGUAUGUGAAACUGAACUGGGACAUCUGGGGAGAGCUGGCUCUUGGAAUGUUUUCUGCAGUCAAUGCCAGUGCCGUAUACAUGAUGGCUUUCACAAACAGUAUCUUGGUGUGUUACGCUGGUUACGUGGCCUUCAGAGCUUCCUAUAUGCUGCUAAUCACUAUAACCACGUUUCAGAUUGCUGCUAACCUAUCUAUGGAAUGUUAUGCGUUAAUGUUUGGAGUAAACACGUUUGUUGCCCUAGUUCUUCAGACUAUACUGACUGCUAUUGUGGUUGACCAAAAUGGAUUGGGAUUAGACAUUGUCACACAGUUCAUCAUCUACGGCAGUUAUUAUGCUGUGGUAUCCCUACUCUUUCUCAUACGUGGACUGUACACAAUGAGUCGUUACAAGUGUGGAAGAACGACUUCAUAUUCUUGUGAAGAUUUCACCAGAGACCCUCAAGUCCAUGUCAUCUGUUCUGACAAGCUAUAAGGAAUCAGAAAGUGGAAUACUGGCAUUAAUUUUGCAUAGCACUUUUUCUGUUUAGUAUGAAGUAUCGUGUAUUACAGUGUCUUGUGCACUUGCUGUGUACUGUUUAAAUUGAUGGCAGGCUCUUAAAUAGAAAUGUAAUCUGAUAAUUGACUUAAAAGUCAUUGUAACUAACAAAAUAUUCCCAUAAAUUUUCCAUCCCAUGCUUAUCUAGUCAAUAUAUAGGACAAAUGUGUUGUUUUGAAUGCAUUUUCAUUUUAAAACAUGAUAGCUGGCAUUCAGACAGUUUUACACUUGGUCAUUUCAUUAGGAGAGCAUAUCCCCAGCCCUUAAGGCCUUACUGAAAGGCAAGGCAAGCACACUGACAGCUUUCUUUUAACUAUUG